AUGACAACCGAGCCAAUUAAAGAGAUCCCGGGCACUCCGAAGCAUCCUGCUCCUGUGACCAUGGAGAAGAGCAAUAACAAUGACUGUGUGAUCACCACCAUCCCCCUGGUCAGUGAGUGCCAGCUGACCGCAGCCACGGGGGGAGCAGAACUCUCCUGUUACCGCUGCACCAUCCCCUUUGGUGUGGUUAUCCUCAUAGCCGGCAUCGUGGUAACCGCUGUGGCAUACAGCUUCAAUUCCCAUGGAUCCAUCAUCUCUGUCUUUGGAUUAGUCCUCUUGUCAUCAGGACUCCUUUUGCUGGCUUCUAGUGCAGUCUGCUGGAAAAUCAGGCAGCAAAACAAGAAAGCCAAGAGGCGGGAGAGCCAGACAGCGCUCGUGGCACAUCAGCGAACCUUGUUUGGGUAG